AUCAUCAUUCUUCUUCCUACCUACUUUCUUUUCUCUACUUUCUCCGCCCUCUCGCAACACAAGAGUUCGAGGAGAUCCCUGCAACUUGUUACUAUAAUACAACAAUAUACAUCAACUCUAGCGAAACCCACAAAACAACAAUCCAAAAACCAUGGUCCGCCACAAGAAGGACAACUUCUCCCGCGGCGGCAAGAAAUUCUCCUCCGCCCCGCGCUCUCGUCCCUCGCCCCGCGGCGGCGGCGGUGGUGAUGGCGACGACAACAACGAGCAAGGCGGCUACUCCAGACCUCCCUUCAAAGCGGCCUGCUGGGACAUGGGUCACUGCGACCCGAAGCGGUGUUCAGGCAAGCGCUUGAUGAACUUCGGCCUGAUGCGUGAGUUGGCGAUCGGCCAGCGCUUUCCCGGUGUCGUGAUCUCCCCCAACGCCAAAAAAGUCGUCUCCCCCGCCGACAAAGACCUCUUGGAACAAUUCGGCGCCGCCGUGGUGGAAUGCUCCUGGGUGCGCGUCAAGGAAGUCCCAUGGUCGCGAAUCGGAGGAAAGUGUGAACGGUUGCUCCCCUACCUGAUUGCCGCCAACACCGUCAACUACGGCAAACCCUGGCGGUUGAACUGCGUCGAAGCCCUGGCGGCCUGUUUCUGUAUCUGCGGCCACGAGGACUGGGCCCGCGAGGUCCUGAAGCACUUCCGGUACGGCGAGGCGUUCCUGGAGAUCAACGCCAAGCUGUUCAAGCGCUACGCAGCCUGUGCGGAUGAGGAGGACAUGAAGCGCGCCGAAGAGGAGUGGCUUGCUAAGAUUGAGAGGGAGUAUGAGGAGAGUCGCGCCACGGGCGUGGAUGAUAUCUGGACCGUUGGAAACACGAACCGGAGGGCGGAGAGUGAUUCGGAGGAUGAGGACAAAGAUGAUGAUGAUGAUGAAGAGGAGGAGGAAGCGGAGGAGGAUAAGGACCCCUUUGCUAUCUCAGAUGAUUCUGAGGAAGAGGAGCAGAUGGCUGCCAUCAGAGCCAAGAUCUUGAAUUCCAAGGCCUUCCAGAACCCCGAGGUCGAGGACAAGACGAAGCCCGAGCGGAUCGCGAGACCGGAAGAGGAGACGACUCCGCAACAGCUGAAAGAGGAUUCGGAUGCCGAGUCGGGAUCUGCCGGAGGGGGCAGUGAUGACGAUGAGGAAGCUUUCGACAACAUCAUCAAUGCUACCCCCGUAACGGAUCGAACCGGCAUCAUCGCGGCUCAGAGGAAGAAGCAGAGGGAGACGGUCAGUGCGUCUUUUUCGAGGACGGUGGUCGAUGCGCCCAAAAGGUGGUAGCGGUAGUCUGUCUCUGAGGUACAUUGCGCACAGGCGACAUAUUUAACGAGAUAUCAUGGAAAUUUAAUGAAACAAU